UUGUGCUUCUCUUUUGGUCUCUGAAUUCCCAUUCCCCCCUCCAACCCUAAUCAUCUCUCUCAUUCCAUUUCUCACAUCUGCCCUCCUUCUUCUUAUUCUCACAGAGAGAGAGAGAGAGAGAGAGAGAGUGGAGAAAUGGCAUUUGCAGGAACAACUCAGAAGUGCAUGGCUUGUGACAAGACUGUGUAUCUGGUGGACAAGCUCACAGCUGAUAACCGAAUCUACCACAAAGCCUGCUUCCGAUGCCACCACUGCAGGGGUACCCUCAAGCUUAGCAACUACAACUCCUUUGAGGGAGUACUCUACUGCAGGCCACAUUUUGAUCAGCUCUUCAAAAGAACCGGCAGUCUUGACAAAAGUUUUGAAGGGACACCAAAAAUUGUGAAACCAGAGAGACCUGUUGAUAAUGAGAAACCUGCAGUAGCGAAGGCUUCAAGCAUGUUUGGUGGAACCAGAGAAAAGUGCUUUGGCUGCAGGAAUACCGUCUAUCCAACAGAAAAGGUGUCAGUGAACGGAACUCCUUACCACAAGAUGUGUUUCAAAUGCACACAUGGAGGGUGUACAAUCAGCCCAUCGAACUACAUUGCACAUGAGGGCCGGCUCUACUGCAAGCACCACCACACCCAACUCAUCAAGGAGAAGGGAAACUUGAGCCAGCUUGAGGGUGACAAUGAAAAGAUCGCCGUGGAUGAGAAUGGCAGAGAAGUUGCUGCUGAAAUAUGAUUCGAAGACAACGGAUGACUCUAUUUUCAAUUGCCUUAGCAUCCGUUCUUUAAGCCCAGGCGUGGUGUUGCUGUCCUUCAUACCUUAUCAUUUUCCUGCAAGACAGAUGAGUCUUUAAGUAUUAAUUGAAGCGUGUGGGUUCAUUCAUUUGUUGUGUUUAGUUUCCUCUGAGGUUUGUGAAUGCUCAAAUGAGAUGCCAACUCCUAUAUUUUCAAUCUAAACCCUAUUGUUUUCAUGCUUUGAAAUUUUGAAUGAAGGAUGAGGAUUCCCA